AUGGAGGGCGAGGAGCCCUUGGUGCAGCCAGCUCAGCAGCAGUGGCAGUAUAUGACGGCAUCUCCGGGCUUCAGCGCAGCCUACAUCGACGAAAUUUCCCAAGGACGACGCACACUCAGCAGCACUGCCCCUUCUCCCUCUCACCAUCUUCCCCAGUCAUUAACCACGGGGACGGGCGCCAGCAUCUACAAGUCCGCAAUUAUCCCCGCGAUUCGCGCCGCGCAGAACGAGGUCGUGCUGGCAACGUGCUUCUGGGCCGCGGCGUCGACGGCCCGCACGCAGAUCUGCGAGGCGCUCAAGGACCUGUCGCGGCGCGUGCUGGCGACGUCAACAUCUUCUUCAUCGUCGUCAUCUUCCAGGAAAGUCUCGGUGCAGAUAUGUUUCUCGUCGUGCUCGCUGGCGAGGAACAUGCUUUUGCCCACGCCGCGAGACGGCCAGUUCUACCAGGCUGCAAGCUGGGGGAAGCUCCUCGGCCUGCCCGAGCCCGACGAGGUCAAGGGGCUUGAGCUCCGGGUCGUGCGCAAGUUCUUCUGGCCCUGGGGCAUCCUCCAUUCAAAGUACGUCAUCGUCGAUCGCACGCUGGCCAUAUUUCCCUCGUGCAAUGUCUCGUGGGAGCGCUGGUUCGAGGUGGCCAUCUCCUUGACCGGUCCCGUCGUCGACCAUUUACGCCAAUUCCAUGCCGACUUCUGGGAGAAAGGGACGCCUCCGCCGCUGCCUGAGUGUCCCGACCCUCCCCCCCAUCCCACUGCUGCAGCAGAUCCGAACACGCCGGCCCCAACAACUCUCCUGCCUUCACCACACACUCCGGCGGCUCUUCCGAACCACCUCCAACCGCGCGUCCUCCUCGGCCGUUUUCCAUGCCUGCCCAGCGCCCCGCUCACAUUCCCUCCCACGCCGCUGUUGAAGGCAACGCACCACCUGCUCUCCACGGCGCGGACCCGCAUCGUCAUCCUCACGCCGAACCUGACCGAGCCGGCCGUCCUAGAGUGCCUGGCCGAGGCUCUCGGCCGCGGCGUCCGCGUCUGCAUAUGGACGAACCGCACCCUGAUGACCGCGGAGCAGCUCGUCACCGCCGGCACAACGACGCCGCGCUGUAUCCGGAAACUCCGAAGCAGGGCCCAGCGAGCGGGGGCGAGCGGGCUGCUGGAAACAUUCUUCUUCGAUGCCGACGACGGGCCCGGUGCGCAGCUGCAACGGCGACUAGUGCUGCGAGAAAACGAACGUGACGACGCAGAAAACGAAAUCGAACAGGAUGAGGGGCAGGGCCAGGAGUCAAUCCCCGUCAAGCUGCACGCCAAAGUGACCAUCGUCGACGACGAGAGGAUCCUGCUGGGCAGUGGCAACAUGGACGCCGCGAGCUGGAAGACGAGCCAGGAACUCGGCGUGCUGGUUGAGAGUCGCGCCGUGGUCGACGAAUUCAAGCGAUUAUGGACGUAUAGCAAGCUGUGA